AUGAAAGCUGAGACUUCGAAAGUCACCAAGAAACGUCUGUCUCUAGAAAACUUCGAGCUAAUACGUCAGCGUGGAAUCGGACAAGAUGCAGGCAGCCGCGAACUUACAUCAGAAGUUGCGAAACACUGCAGACAGGCGAUUAAAGAAGAUCUUAAAGAGAGAAAAGUACCAGCAUUGGUCGAAGCUACACAGGCUGGGAAAAGCAUUCGCAAAGCCUACCGAAGCUUCGCCAAUUAA